CUCCUUCUAGAACUCUACCGUCGAUCUCUCGCCAGUCUUCAACCGCCGCCUCCGCUCGCCAUGGACCCCAACUGCUCCUGUGCCUCAGAUGGAUCCUGCGCCUGCGCCGGCUCUUGCAAAUGCAAAGAAUGCAAAUGCACCUCCUGCAAGAAAAGCUGCUGCUCCUGCUGCCCCGUGGGCUGUGCGAAGUGCUCCCAGGGCUGCAUCUGUAAAGAGGCUUCGGACAAGUGCAGCUGCUGCCCCUGAAGUGAGGGGCAGGGGGAGGGGGCAUCUCCAUACCUGUGUAAAUAGAAUAUGUAGGAGUCUAGCCUUUUUCGUACCUGACCCAGUUUUCCACUUUUUUUUCUAUAAAGCAUGUAACUUGACAAUAAAAACCGUUGACUUGAA